AUGGCCAAUGGAUUUCUGUAUAAUUCCAAUAGAGCCAAGUGUCAAUCAAGAAUUGAUGGAAUGACGGCGCAGUGCACAUUGAAACAUCUGGAUUUCAAACAACGUUGUACAUUUCCAACUACUUUGGAAAAUGCUGCUGAUGUUUUGAAUCAACACAAACACGAUAAUAGGAAGAAGAAUUUGAAUGGAGGAAAUUCGAAUCAACAAGGGAAACAGAACAAGUCAAACAACAAUCAAAAUGACGGAGCUCAGUUUUUGCAACAACAAACUCAAGCGUGUUUUGUGUGCGGAUCGAAAGCUCAUGUCGCACCUCAAAUUGGGGACAAAUUGAAGCCGUGGGAAAAAUGGAAGAGCCCGGACGAAUAUAGGGAUUAUUUGGACGCAAAUGGUCAUGGUAAUCGACAGAAUAUGCAACGUGGUGAUAAUGAAUUGGGAGAUUCAAAUACUUAA